GACGCAAAAGCUUAUAGAAAUCAGAUGGCAUAAAUACUAUGCAGGGCGAAAGGUUGGUGGGUCGAACGGACAAGGCCAUCAGGUCAUCGAGAAAGCUCUCAUGCUCCCCCAUUUCUAGACUAGCCUAGGGCUGGACCAGUCAGGCACGCAAGUCUCAAUCGAUUCAUAAGAGGAGGAGGCCAUGGAGGGAUCCGAGUAGAAGGCAGGCACCGCAAACAACGUUAGAAAGCUGGUGAGCAUAACAAUCAAGAGCUCAUGGAAGAUGGCAGUGCUCCAAGACGGUCUACUCCCCCCACCACCCGCAGAAGCAGAUCUGCCGAGUUCCACAAUUUUUCAGAAAGGAGGAGAAGGGAUAGGAUCAACGAGAAGCUGAAAGCAUUACAGGAGCUUCUUCCAAACUGCACCAAGACCGACAAAGUUUCGAUGCUAGAUGAAGCGAUCGACUACCUAAAAUCCCUUCAGCUACAGCUUCAGAUGCUGGUCAUGGGGAAGGGAAUGGCACCGGUGGUUCCUCCUGAGCUGCAGCAAUACAUGCAUUACAUCACGGCUGACCCUGCCCAGAUGCCUCCGUUGCGCCCCUCCGGCCAGCAGCCCCGACAAUUUCAGAUAACUCAAGCCAACCCCCAGCAGCGUCAAUCUAACGUCGAGUCGGAUUUCCUGAGCCAGAUGCAGAACUUAAACCCUUCUGAACCGCCUCAGAACUUCCUCAGGCCACCGAAAUUGCAACUCUAUACGUCGGAACAGAGGGGUGGCCUACCUAGCACGAGCCAGAACACUGGCUGGAUUUCUGGGAGGAGUUCCUCGUAUAACUUCAUGGAGUGAUGUGCUCCGGAUGACAAAAUUUGACACCGCACGCGUGCAGCCUUGAACUCAAAAGAGAGCGUUCAGUUUGGGACCUGCAGCAUGGUUCACCUGAGAGAAUUCCGUGUAUGUGUAGUACUAGUUAACUAGCGAGCUAGUUGUGUUGUUAAAUAAAACGUUGUCUGUGAAUCUGUGAUGCUGCUCACAUUUUGCUAUCUGAAUCCUACCGUUCAAUUCCCCUUCA